CAAAGCGGUGUGAGGGGGCAAAAAGCACAAGAACUUACUCUGGUAUGGAGAAGGUUUGUCAAGAUGAACUCUGAUAUCGAUGACCUGUGGAAUAACGGCUCGUGGGAGCUGUACUUGCCCUCGCACGCGCCGCCAAACAUCUCCAACUGGACGGCAGGAAACGGGUCAGCCAGUGCCCCGUUCAGCCUGGCCAGGGCAGUGCCUCUGGCCAUGGUCCUGGGCGCUUUUAUCGUGUUUGCAAUCGUGGGCAACAUCCUAGUCAUCCUAUCCGUGGUGUGCAACAGGCACUUGCGCAUUCCGACCAAUUACUUCAUCAUAAACCUGGCCAUGGCUGACCUGCUGCUGGGCACCACCGUGCUGCCCGUGUCCGCCACGCUCGAAGUCCUCAACUACUGGGUGUUCGGCAGGAUCCUCUGCGACAUCUGGGCUGCGGUGGACGUCCUCUGCUGCACGGCGUCCAUCAUGAGCCUGUGCGUGAUCUCCAUAGACCGUUACAUCGGUGUGCGCUACCCCCUGCAGUACCCCAGCAUCGUGACGGAGAAGCGCGCGCUCCUCGCCAUGCUGGGUGUCUGGGUGCUGGCCAUCGUCAUCUCCAUCGGGCCCUUACUCGGAUGGAAAGAGCCCCCGUCUGAUGACGACACCAUCUGCCCGAUAACAGAGGAGCCUUUUUACGCGCUGUUCUCCUCUCUGGGCUCCUUCUACAUCCCCUUAGCGGUCAUCCUGGCCAUGUACUGCCGCGUUUACAUCGUGGCCAAACGGACCACCAGGAAUCUCGAAGCAGGAGUGAUGAAGGAGCGCAUGGACUCCAGCGAGCUCACCCUCAGGAUCCACUGUAAAGGAGCUCAGGCGCAGGAGGAGUGCGGGGGAGCGGGGAAAGGAACCAACAGGAGCUCCCUCACCGUUAAGCUGCUGAAGUUCUCCAGAGAAAAGAAAGCAGCUAAAACUCUGGGGGUUGUGGUGGGCAUGUUCAUCCUCUGCUGGCUGCCCUUCUUCCUCGCGCUGCCCAUUGGUUCUUUCAACGCCAACCUGCGCCCUCCGGAGACGUUCUUCAAGGUGAUUUUCUGGCUAGGCUAUUUCAACAGCUGCCUGAACCCGAUCAUCUACCCCUGUUAUAGCCGUGAGUUCAAGCAGGCCUUCAUCCGGAUCCUGCGGUGCCAGUGCCAUCAGCGCAGACGACAGGGCUGGAGGUCAUACAACUACCGAUCACACAUGGGCCCCACCAACCAGUCCUAUAUGGACAACAGCUCUGUUUGCAUGAAUGGCAGUCAGCAGACACUGGCCUCUGUGCAGCCCAGUCCACGCUUCUUCAGCAGAGGCAGCGAAUCUAACAGUGCGAAGGGCCAUUUACCAGGCUGGGGUCCUUGUGCCUCUUCCUCAAGCUCACUGUCUCAGAGACCAUUCACACCUCAGUUAGGCGCCAGCCCUGCGACUGUGCGCCAGACUUCGAACAAAUCCAACCAGAUGACUCUGCUUUUCCCUGGUGGGUCGCUGGCCAAAGAGGGGCUGAAUGCCAGUGCGCAGAAUGGUAAGGAAGAGUUGGAGCAAGGGCCAAAUACCAGGCCUACACCUGAAACUACCAUGUAGUUGGGUGCAGGCUGUCACAGCGGCGUUCAUGCCAAUGCUUGCUGCUUGUUCAUGUUUAUCCUUUUAUUUUGUACCGAUUUGACAAUCUUGUGGUAUCGUAGAUAUUCUUAUAGUGCAUGCUUGCAUUGUGAAUGACGUUUGGAGGCUCGAUGUAGCUACUGAUAUCAAACUGACAAAACUAAAGUGAUCGUUGAGCCAAAUAUUGGAAUUUACACAAGUUUCCCUCUUACCCCAAAUGUAGUCGAUCAGCCAAGAUGUUUGGUGUCUGAAGUUGGCUUCUUUACUUUUGCUCUGAAGCUACAAGGCUAAUGUAGCUUAACAAGCAGUGGAAGCUCAUAUUAAACCAGUUAGCAUCAAACUGAAUGGCUAAUUUAUCACACAUUUACCUCAAAACAUACCUUGAAUAGACUUGCUUAUGAAGUUUCUGGCACAGUAUCAUAUGCCGUUUCCUUAAACAUUGGACAAGACUAUGUUACAGAGCUAACAACAGUACUAGCUUCUAUCUUAACCAUGAUUGCCAGAUUUAUGUAUUGUAGUGACCUGCUACUGGCUCAUGUUGGCCUCUAGACACUUGUGAGGCAUGGCCUUUAGCAUGAGAGACACAGGAGGAGAACUGGGAAAAGGGAGACUCCGGAAAAGGAACUGAAAUGUUGUUUAUAUCGUUUAUCAGUUAAUGGUGUGUGCUAUUUGUUUAUUCAGUUAUUCUGUGUCGAGGAGUGGAUUUAGUUAGUGUGGGUUGGUGUUCACCGUGAGAGCUGUAAGGCUAGUGUAUGUAAGUAAGUGUAUGGCUAGUGGUGACCUCCCCCCGCGAAGUCAGGGCUGUCUAUGUGCUUUUCUGCCUUGCUGUUUAAUAAAGAGCACUUAUUGCGGUGGAAUAAUGGCAUCCCCUGUGUAUUAAUCUGUGCUGCAAUAUUUCCAGCCGCAAAAUAUUUGAAUACAACCCUCAAAAAGUAUUAGAAAAAAGUUAAAGUUCAGAAUUUUACCCAUACUACUGACUAAUACAGCAUUAAACUACCAUGACAUCAGUAAUAAACUGCAGAGCAGGUUAAUCAUGAAACUUCCCUGCAGAUAUGUGUUUUUGCUGCAUGAAACUGUUGAGUUUUUUGUUGUUUAUUGUCACUGACAUGGAAGGUCAAGUCUUUUUUUGUCAUUUUUAGGCUCCAAUCAGAAAAGCAAAUAAUGAUAAUAUUCUAAGCUGAUGAUAUUCUGACCUUUUUUAAAAUUCAGCUGCAUUAUUAAGCAAUGCAGUUUAUUCAUUUUAUAGCCUAUACUCUUUAUAAAACUGCCAAAAUCAUGACAAAUGUUAUCCACCCACCAAAGCACUUUUUCCCUGCCCAAUCCAACCAAAAACCAGCCAACGUACCAGGAAACUGCCCAAUCUGGCAACAUUGAUCUUGAGGCUUCAAUUUGUAUGUACUUUUUUCAUUUUUACAGCACACGAUAUGUCAUACAGUGCCACUUAGCAACCUCUUGCACUUGAGCCAAGUGUGUUAUGAUUAACACAUGCAGGCUAAAUUGGUGCUUCCUUUACUCAUUAGCUACACCAAACAUGCCUUGGCUGAUUGUCCAAGCAAGGGGGAAAUGAAAUUGUAUCAAUUUGAUUAUUGGCUGACCUUCGCUUGUGCUUUUUCUUUAUCUUGGACUCUGCUACAUACAUUAUGUCUGUUCUGUUUGUGCUGUGAGACUGAACAUUAUUAUGCAUAGCACAGAGCCAAAAGGUUACAAUGAAGACUGUAAUAAGACAAUGUGCAUGAACAAAGGUGCACCUCUGACCUUGCAUCCACACCACUCAUUACUCUCAUUACUUAGCAUAGGUGCUGAGCAGUUAGAAAGUUUUUCUUCUUGAUUUAUUCUGUAUUUAUUUAUUCUCCUGUGCUGUUUUAUCUAGACAUGCUGUGCAUUUGUGUGACAGUUUUUAUACAUAUAUUUGUUUUUUUGGGGAAAGACAUAAUCUAAACGUCUAAUCCAUAACACAUUUGUGCCUAUAGUCAGUAGAAGAUCUUUCUUUCAGCGCUUCAUGCUCAACUGGCAUCACUAAAGCACAUUAUGAUACAUGGUCCAACGAAAAGGAGACGUUCUGUAAAGGCAAACCAUUUUAUAUUUAUUCAGCCCUAUUUAUUAUAAGUUAUGUUCUUCAUUGUUACUGUGGCAGUUGAUUGUAUAGAAAACAAAUGACCAGGUGUUUUUUUAAAGAAAAAAAAAGUGACCAUUAGAGAUCCAAGCUAUCCUGUAUAAAAUGAGUAUAUGUAGUGUUUUAUCAUAACUUUUUGCUCUUUCCAAUCGUUUAUGCAUAAAC